UGGGUACCCCCGGAAUUGGAUUGCCCUAAUCGUUAUGAUUGUCACCGUCACCUAUACAACUUUGGGUGGGCUGAAGGCGGUGAUCUGGACCGACGCCAUCCAGAUGGUCAUCUUCUGCCUGCCUCUCAUCAUCAUCGCCGUCUUGGGCACCGCGGCCGUCGGCGGCUGGCACGCCGUGUGGGAGGAGGCGGGCAAAGGCGGGAGGCUCGAGUUCUUCAACAUGACUCUAAACCCCCUCGAGCGGACGUCCUUCCUGGCCGCGGUCGUCGGGGGCUUCUUCCACUGGACCGGGUACAACGCGGUGAACCAGACUUGCGUGCAGCGCUACCUCUCAGUCCCGACGCUAAAGGCGGCUCGAACGACUGCGUACAUCUUCAUGGUGGGCGUCAUUGGAAUCAUCACGUUCUGCACCUACAUAGGACUCGUCAUGUUCGUGUACUUCAAGGAGUGUGAUCCGCUCCAGGCCAAUCUUGUGGCGACGAGCGACCAGAUCGUGCCCCUGUUCGUCAUGAGGAUCGAGGAGGGCCUGCACGGGCUGCCGGGACUGUUCAUGGCCGGCGUCCUCAGCGCCGCGCUCAGCUCCAUCUCCGUGGCGCUCAACUCGUCCGCCGGCGUGGUCCUGGACGACCUCUGGAGGCCCUUCGCCAAGAAAGAGAUGACGGAGUUCCAGGGUGCCGUUUUCGCGAAGAUCGCCUGCGUCGCUCUGGGUGUGCUCUGCACCGGGAUGACCAUGGCCAUGUCGGGCCUGCAGUACAUGAUCCAGGUGGCCAUGACGCUCAUGGGCAUCGCAGCCGGUACGCAGUUCGGCAUCACCUCCCUGGGCAUGUUUAACCCGUGGGCCAACUGGAAGGGCGCGCUCACGGGGGGUAUCGCCUCCCUCAUCAUCAUGGGCUGGAUCUCCGUCGGCAACGAGCUCAUGUCCAUUCAGGGACGCCUCAACUACCCCACCCUGCCCGUCAAAGUGAGCGGCUGCGACCCUCCGCUGCAGGCCACGCCGAGCCCCACGAUGGACCCCACGAUUCUGCCCAUCUACCGGCUGUCCUUCCUGUACGUGGCGCUGUUCGGCUGGAUGAUCGUCAUGGUGGUGGGCUCCAUCGUGUCCCUCCUGACGGGCCCCUGUGACCCGGACAAGGCCGACCCCGACGCGCACACGCCGCUCGUGGGGGCCUGGCUGAGGAGGCGGCAAGCCAACAAGAAGGCGUCUGUGAGCAUGGAGCGCCUCGACAGGAUGAGCGUGGGCACCAUAAGCCUCAACCUCAAGCAGGCCUAGGUGACGUGCGCUGCAAAUUGCCUACCCGACAGGCGUCAUAAGGGCGUUCGGAGGUAAUGACCUGCUUGACUGCCCAUUGGAUACGCGCCUGCUCUCUCAAAAGAUAUUCUAGUCAUUCCCACUGAUUGGCAAAAACACUAUCCCUGUGCACCUCAAGUUGCUUCAUGAAUAAAAAGAUGUGUUGUGUUAAUUUCUGCCAAUAAAUAUACUUUUGUAAGA